AGCACCGUGGUGUGGAAAACGAAGCAAGCAGCAGGGCAAAGUGCUCAGCCAACCAACCCCAAUUUGUUGUCCCAAACCCGCCAUGUACAAUCUUCCCCUGCUCCUACUCCUUGUCGUCGCUGGCGCCGGCGCGGGCGCGGGCGAUGGAGCCGCGGCGGCGUCGAAUGCGCGCCCGUGCGGCUCGUGGGCGGCCAAAUCCCACCCCUUCUGCAACGCCACCCUCCCCUUCCCUGCACGCGCGCGCGCCCUCGUCUCCCUCCUCACGCUCGACGAGAAGAUAGCGCAGCUCUCCAACACCGCCGCGGGCGUCCCCCGCCUCGGCAUCCCCCCCUUCGAGUGGUGGUCGGAGUCCCUCCAUGGCGUCUGCGACAACGGCCCGGGGAUCAACUUCUCCUCGGGCCCCGUCCGCUCGGCGACCACCUUCCCGCAGGUCAUCCUCUCAGCCGCAGCGUUCAACCGCUCCCUGUGGCGCACAGUGGCCCAGGCCAUCGCGGUGGAGGCGCGCGCCAUGCACAACUCCGGCCAGGCCGGGCUCACGUUCUGGGCACCCAACAUCAACGUCUUCCGCGACCCACGGUGGGGCCGCGGCCAGGAGACGCCGGGAGAGGACCCCGCCGUCAUCUCCGCGUACUCUGUUGAGUAUGUGAAGGGGUUCCAGGGGGACUACGGAGAGGAAGGCAGGAUGAUGCUCUCCGCCUGCUGCAAGCACUACAUCGCGUAUGAUUUGGAGAAAUGGAAGGGUUUUACACGUUACACCUUCGAUGCCAAGGUUAAUGUGCAAGAUAUGGAAGACACAUACCAGCCUCCCUUCAAGAGCUGCAUCCAGGAAGGUCGUGCAAGUUGCUUGAUGUGUUCAUACAACCAGGUAAAUGGUGUCCCAGCAUGUGCCCGCAAAGAUAUCCUGCAGAAGGCUAGGGAUGAAUGGGGAUUUCAAGGGUAUGUUACAUCUGAUUGUGAUGCUGUGGCCAUAAUUCAUGAAAACCAGACAUACACAGUCUCAGAUGAAGAUUCAGUUGCCGUUGUUCUUAAGGCAGGGAUGGACAUCAACUGUGGGUCUUUUCUAAUUCGGCAUACGAAGUCCGCAAUUGAGAAGGGAAAGAUCCAAGAAGAAGAUAUCAACCAUGCCCUUUUUAAUCUAUUCUCGGUUCAGCUCCGUCUUGGUUUUUUUGAUCAGUCCAACGGGAAUCAGUGGUUUACACAAUUAGGACCCAACAAUGUGUGCACAAGAGAGCAUAGGGAACUUGCAGCAGAAGCUGUAAGGCAGGGUGCUGUCCUUUUGAAAAACGACAACAGUUUUUUGCCUCUGAAGAGAAGUGAAGUUGGUCAUAUUGCUAUUAUUGGACCAGGUGCAGAUGAUCCAUAUAUAUUAGGUGGUGACUACACAGGUGUCCCUUGUGAUUCCACCACCUUUGUUAAAGGCAUGCAAACCUAUGUUUCCCAGACAACCUUUGCUGCCGGAUGCAAGGAUGUUCCCUGUAACUCAACAGAUGGAUUUGGUGAAGCCAUUGAAGCAGCUAAAAGAGCUGAUAUUGUUGUUCUAAUUGCUGGGUUGAACCUAACUGAAGAAACUGAAGAUCACGAUAGAGUGAGCCUUCUCCUUCCAGGCAGCCAGAUGGAUCUAGUACAUGCUAUUGCUGGUGUAACAAAGAAACCACUUGUGUUGGUUCUCUUGGGUGGUGGUCCUGUUGAUGUUUCAUUUGCAAAGCACGAUCCACAUAUUGCAAGUAUUCUUUGGAUUGGCUAUCCUGGUGAAGUUGGCGGACAUGUUCUUCCAGAAAUUCUUUUUGGCAAAUACAACCCAGGAGGAAAGCUACCCAUAACUUGGUACCCUGAAUCCUUCACUGCUGUUCCAAUGAAUGAUAUGAACAUGAGAGCUGACGAGUCACGUGGUUACCCAGGAAGAACAUAUAGAUUUUACACAGGAGAUGUUGUGUAUGGGUUUGGGUAUGGUCUGAGCUACUCAAAAUAUUCGUACAGCUUCUUGCAGGCGCCAAAGAAAAUUAGCUUGUCCCAUUCGUCACUUCCAGAUCUUAUCAGCAGGAAGCCUGCAUACACAAGGAGGGAUGGACUUGAUUAUGCCCAAGUUGAAGACAUUGCCUCAUGCGAGGCACUACAAUUUCCUGUUCACAUCUCGGUUUCCAACGAUGGUACCAUGGACGGGAGCCAUGCUGUUCUAUUGUUUGCAAGAUCGAAACCGAGCUUUCCUGGAUCCCCUAUCAAACAACUAGUUGGCUUUGAGCGUGUGCAUACUGUCGCUGGCAGAUCCACUGAUUUGGGAAUCACUGUCGAUCCCUGCAAGCUAAUGAGCUCAGCCAACACUGAAGGCAGAAGGGUGCUGUUCCUGGGAACACAUGUUCUGAUGGUGGGAGAGGAAGAACACGAGCUGCUCAUCGAAGCAUGACAAAGAAACUUGCUUGUAGAAACGUGCUUGCUGUACAACUGUACAAGAAUCUUGCUUGCUGUAAAGAUUUCUUGGGUAUAAGAUUGCUCACUGCAGCAAAAUUUAUGCCAUGAAAUAAAAUUUGGCACAAACUGUUC